AAUGUAAAGUACAAAUAAUUCCUAACGAUCAAAUUACUUAUAAAAUUCAAGUUCAUCAGUAAGAAGAGCUAGAAUAUUUGAUACAUCUCAAAGUUCUGAGCGAAGAAAUACUCCAAGCAUAAUCCCAAUUUCAAAUAGUUAAGUAAACAGAUCUCCACAAAUUCAAACAGAAGAAUUUAAUGUUCAAGGAUUGUAAUAAAGUUAGGUUAGUGAAGUGUAGAUAAAUGACUUAAAUAAAGUUAAUCAAUUUUAAAAAUUGCCAGAUUUGAGUCGAUGCAAAGUUAAAUUUAUUAAAAGAGAAAAUCAAUAUACAUAAACUGAAGCAGAUGAUAAAGAUCUUAUAAUCAGAUAAUAAGAAGAAUUGAUAAAACAAUUACAACGCUAAAUUUAAUAAUAAAGCAACACAAAUAUGGAAUUUUCAUUUCAUAAAGAGAACAUGGAUUAAUAAUUGCAUUCACCUAAAUACAACUGUGUUACCAAUAAUUAAGUAAAUUAAAGUAUAGGAAAUAAUACAUUAAUGACAAAUUCUCCUUAUAAGAAAUAAUAAAGACAGCAAUAAAAUCAAUUUUAUUUUACUGCAAUUCCAUAGUCUAAUAAUAAAUCAUAUAUUUUAAAGCCUCAUAACACUGAUAAAUAAGUAUUAGAAUAUACUAAAUAAAAGUCAAAUAAAGAUUAUUUCUUUUCUUAGAUGGAUUGA